AUGUCCAAAUUCCCAGCAAUCUUGUUUUUGACCCUGUGCUUUUCCAUGCGAAAAGUGGAGCCAGAUGCCUCUCAGAGCUUGAGAUAUGUUGUCCUGAUGGGAAACACGUCGGCAUAUGAUGUGUCCAGCCUUAUCUUGAGGUUGUCGGGCGGACGGCAAUUCUUGGAGAACGACGAGGAGACGAUAAAAAAGUUAGAGAAGAAGUUGGGGGGUAAAGAGAAGGCGUCGCGAAAGACAAAGAACUUGGGGUUUGGCGAUGUGCUAGACACUGCCGAUGAGAUCCUCCAAAUCUUCCAGAAGCCACCCAAGAGAGAUAAGAAAGCAGCUAGUGAGACCAAGGAAAGACGCGUGGACGGGGACGCUGGGAAACGAACAGGUCGAACAUCUAAACAGGCAGAAGGAAGAGCCCCCAUGAUCCCUAACGUCAAGGACAACUCUGCUUUCGAUAUGAUGCAUGACGCGGAGACUGAUGAGUUUGACAAGCGCGCGUUUGAAAAUCGCCUUGAUACUCGUGGGAUGUUCAAGGUGGGGGGUGCUGGUGCUGACCAAAGCGGAGGGUCAAAGCAGGAGGAACUGCCUCCUGAAGUUGCAGAGCUUGUGGAGAUGGCCAAGUUUGCAGCCAAGCAGCCCAUGUACGGACUUGACCCGAACCACCUGAACAUGCUGAAGGUCGAGGGCGGUCAGGAGAAGUCGAUGGAGGAAGGGAGGGGAGCGAGCGAAGGAGGGAGCCUGACGAGAGUCCCUUCUCUGCAAGUGGAGGCUCUGGAGAAGCAAGGUCGAGUUAGGCUGAUGCGGGCCCAGGGAGCGUCUCCGCAAGAGAUCCUCAAGGAGAUGCUGCACGGGAACUCAACAAUGAAAGAGAUCUCGAGAUUCUUCCGGGAAAACUAUGAGGACCUCGUGAGGACGGUGCCGGCACUGAACCGUCAGGUGAAGAGGAAGGAUCUUGGCCGUGGGAGAGGGAGCAUGCACAUCCCUUCCAAGUUCACCCCCAUGAUGAGGGAGGAGUCGUCGGAGACAGAGCCUGAGGUGGAAUGGCAGCGAUGGUCAAAGAGCUACAAGAAGAUCCUUGCAAAGGAGAAAGGUCGGGAGGAUUUCAACAUCCCACCGAUAUGGAAGAUAUUGAGCGAGCCGGGAUGGAACCUCAAAGUGAACGACCUGCACGAGAUCGACGGAGACGGGAACUUGAUUGAACCCGAUGGUCCUGACCUGAACUUGGAGUACUUUGACCGGGCGACUGAGGAGGAUAAGGAGAAGAAGAGGAUGGAUGUGAAGAUGGACAAGAAAUCGUCCUUCUACAACGCCCACCUCGAGUCGAGCGAUGAAGAGGUGUUGCUGAAUGAUGUUGCCGUCCCAGAACAAGUUUCACUUACAAGGGAUGAGGAUCUGUUUUACAUGAUCCAGGAGAUGGAUAAGGCGGAGGACAAUGACGACAAGGAGGCGCUGUGUUCGAUGCUCGUGAGGAUCAAGGGGAUGGAACUGAACCCGGAGCAAACGCACCAGCUGACAGGGCAGAUGAAGCACCUCGCAGCCAAGUUUCGAUCGUCGAGCUCACGGGCAGAGAAGAUCAUCUCAGAGAAGGCCGAGGAGAUGCUGGAGUAUUGGGAGAAAACGCUCAUACCAAAGUACAAGCUGAGAGAGUAUCUGAAGAAAAUCUUGCCCAAGAACGCUACGACCGAGCAGAAGCCCUCCCAGGGAACAAAGAAGUUCUCCCUGCUGCGGCAGAGGUUAAGAGAGGCAGGGAUGCCAACUGGGGGGAGCAAACGAAGAAUCCUGGACAGGGUGGCAAACGAGGAGGAGGUGAAUCCUGGAGUGCUUGCAAGCAAGAACCUCGAUUUGGAUUCAAUGGAAUCGCUCGAGCCUUCGAGGGUGGAUGAACGCUUUGAAGCCAUCUACACCGACCCGGAUUUUCGGCUGGACCCGCUGGAUGAGAAGUACUCGUACGUGAAGGGGAGGGCCAACGUGCACCAGAAGCGAUACGUGGAGCUGAAGAGGUUCAUGAAGAGAGAUGAGGAGAGGAGGGAGAAGGAAGCAAAGAGGAGGAGGAGGGAGGGAGGAGAGGAGGAGACUCUGCGAGAUGAACCUGAGGACGUCAACUCCAUCUUCGACAAAGCGAGGAGAUCUGCCAUGUCACUGCAGGCAACAGGGAACAACAACAGAAGAGACGACGCUGAGAGGAGGGGAAGGCGGGAGAUCUUCGGAGACUCGACCGAUUCAGCGGCAGCGGGGGAGGAAGAGGCUGAGAUCGGGGAGGCAAUGAUCGAAGAGCUUCCGGGCCCUUCCAGCGACUCGGGAGUGAGGAGGGAAACGGUUGACGGUGAGAUAUCGGAGGAGGAUGACUCGCUGGGAGACGACGACGACGACGACGACGAUGGGUCGAGCAGCAGGGAAGGGACGGGAAGGGGAACGGAGAAGAUGUCGAAGAGUAAGAGGAAGAGGCUGAAGGAAAAAGAACGUCUGAAGAGGAAGAAGGAGAGAGAAUGGAUGUCGAUUCACCCGCUUGAUCGGAUGCGGAUGAUGAGGGAGAAAGGACUUGACGGCAGGAUGGCAGUGGAGAGAGAGCUCGAGAAGGUGCGGGCAGUGAGGGAGGAGUUAGCCGCCAAGGAGCCCAGCAGGAGCGAGGUAGAGAAGCCGUCGAAGAUGCUCUUCGAGCAGUCGCAGACGAUGAGGAGAUUCGAGAUGCGGGACCCGGGAGCGGAAGAGCUCAAGUCCGACCGAGGUCUCAUGCAGAAGUUCUUCAUCGAUGGAAUGAGGGAUGGGGUAAUGUAUGAGGAUAGAUACCCCAUCAAGGUCAGGAGCAGGCACGAGAGGCUGCCAGGCAACGUGUCGAGCUGGAACUCCAUGCACGUAGAGCGAUGGAUUGGCAGGCAUGCGUCUUCGUUCGGGGAGGACAGCGCUACCCUGUACAAGAAGAUUUUCUCAGCGUUCAGGGUGGACGGGCGGCACCUGACCAACGUAGAUAAGCAAGAUCUGGAAGAUAUGGGCGUCCAAAGUCAGCACGUGAAGAUCUUGUUGGACCAGAUUCGUCCUCUCCGCAUGCAGAUGGUGUCCUUGCAAGAAGAGGAGAGGAAGAUGGAGAGGAGGAGAGCAGAAGAGAAGAGGCUUGCUCUGAGGAGGCGGGAGGAGACGAGCUUGCAGACGGAUCAGGAGAGGGCGGGCGCGUUGUGGGAUAGGAAAGACUCAGAAACGAGACUGCAGCAGUACUGGACGGAAGUUCUUACGAAUCACACGAUCCAGAUCUCCACCCCGAAAAGAUUGAGAGAUCUCCACAAGAUCCCUGAGCACGACAUCUUUGAAGAAGACGAGACAACUCGCAAAGGAGCGUUUCCCUUACCAGCCGCUAGUUUGCCAAUGGUCCAAACUGACUUUGGGAUGCUUCGAGUAUACACGGAGGCGGACUUGAAGCGUGAAAAUGCACAUCUCAAGCUCAAUGGACCUUGUCCCUUCGAAUGCUCUUGUUGUGUGAUAUAG